GUACAAGUUUAUCCAAAAUUCCAAACAAUUUAACGUCGUUUACUCUUCAGUUUCUCAGAGAUUUCAAAAUUAGUUUUUCUUCUUCUUCUGAAAAUUAGGGUUUUUUGGGGGAUUCUCGUGUGGAUAAAGCCAUGGCUGAACGAGAAGACGCAGCAGAGGUUUCUCUUUCAGUGAGAAACGAGGAAGAUCUUUCUCCUGAAUGUGUAGCUUGGGCUGAUUCUUGCAUCAUCAGUUUUCUAGAUGAUUCAGACAACAAUAAUUGGGGAACUUUUAGAGAUGCUUUAACAGAAAUCAUCGAUAUCCAUCCCGAGAUGUUUGUUUUUUCAUCAACAACGGGAACAAGAGGUGUCCUGUCUCCAGACGAGGUUAUGACUGAAUCCGAGACUAUUGAUCUACGGAGAUCUGAACCAGCAGCUGGUUCAGCGAACAGUAGAACUAAUUCAUCGAAUGAAGAAGUUAGCGAGAUUAUCUCUAUGCUAACUUUUGAAUCAGACCCGUCAAAGAAUUGCUUAGAAGAUUAUUAUUUUCCAGAGUCUAUAGCAGAGAAUGGAAACCGUGAACCAGCGGACGGUUCUAAGACAGAUCUUGGAGGUGUUGAAAGUAUAGAAGAAGAUGGGUCAGUGAGCAAUGGAGAGGCUAAAGAAGAAAAACCAGCGUCAGUAUCGUCUCAAGUAUUCAAGGAUGAUUUCAUGAGCACAUACGUUGAAGACAAUGCUGAGGAUUGUAAUGUUACAGAGGAUCCUGUCAAAGUAACUUCACAAGAGAUUUUCAAAGUGUGGGAUCUAGAGGUUGUGGGGGACAAUGAUGAGGAAGAUGGGUUGGUGCUGCAGCUGAAGAAGGCCCUCGAUGAGUCUUCCACUGUCCAGCCCCUUCCACAGCCACUGAAUGAUGAUCAAGUUGUAUCAGAGAAGAGCAAUAUCGAUGAUCUGAUAUCUGGAAUAUCGGAUCUGUCUCUUGCAGAAACUUUUAAGUGAACUAUGUGUAUGUGUUUUAUUUUGACAUCACAAACUCUCUUUUGCUUUACUACUCCUUAACCGACACAAACCGGGUUUGAGAUUUCAAAAUCUGCUACUAGACCAGACCGAAAGGUUUACUGGGUCAAUUUGGUGCCUACACAUCCACUUGGCCACCUGUUGUGCAAUGAUGACGAUGAGAUUGCAGUGUCUCUCGACUGAUGAUGUAGACUUCACAAUCUCUUAAAAAUCCCAGUACUUAACCUCAGCCUUAAGAAAACGCAGGGAACUACGUCCUCACAAAAUCUUUCUCUUUGAGUGUAACUUUCAGACGCAUCUUUGGCUCUAAAUUCUAAAAAGGAAAAUUUUAAUAGGUUUUCA